GGUGCACUAGCCCGGACGAACGGAAACUGAUUUACGGCUAAUGAUUUAUAUACAGGUAGCAUGGGUAAGACCGACAAACCACUUGACACCACGGAAACCGAAACGUCUGAGCAACCGUGCACAAGCGAUGAUUUACCUCGUGCAGCAUGUUCGAAGACCACACACGCAACAAGCUCGAAGGAUGCUCCAGUCGAUUCCAUAAUGCUGACAGCUGAUAGGCACCAAGGAUGGCACACGGAGUUUACUGCCGACCCACCUUUGUCCCUUGAACGAGCCCGAAGAGCUACCGACUAUGUAGUCCAAACAAGUUUCAUGAAAGAUUCUCCAACUGGGCAAAAGACUAGGAGUGGUGAACGAAAACGUGUUAAUCUGGUUGUUCGAUUUCGAAGUUUACUGUCCCGUCGUGGAUCUUCGCGUUCGACAGCAGAUACCAAACACCAUCGUGCACAUAAGAUUCUCCUGAAUAACUUGGAAGGAAAAGCCAGCCGAGUGGUGAACUCUGAACGCCUGACCAGCACACCAAGGACGGUAUGGCCGAGUCCGUCACAAAGUUUAGAUGCUGCGGUCUUCAACCCAUUUAAACGGUCACGUUCGGACUCAUUCCUCAGAAGAGGGUGUCAUCCACAAUUCGAUGCCGCAGGUGAACCAUCAGAUUCAACCCAGCCCGGUACCUCAUACAUGGACACAGCACUCAGCCCGACGGCCAUCCCGGAACAGUUGCCGUCUACCGAAUGCAAUGACGAUCUAACCAAACAAAUGCUCUCAUUAUCCACGGGGAAUAUAUGUUGUUUGUUUGCACUCCGUUGUGAACCGUCUGUGGAAUAUCUAACGACAUCUGCAAACCAAUACUCUUCCAGACCAAGACGUCUCAGUCUCCCAGUGUCAUCGCUAAAAUCCACUACUACUAAUCCGGCUUCAUUAUCCAAAAAUCAGUUUGCCCUUAAUCUUCUCAAAGAACAUCCUUGCUUUCAGGAUGUACAUAGUAGACUGAACGAUUGGGUACGAAACGCACUGGAUAACACAGUCGAAUCCGACAAAGGCAACCUCACAAAAGUGUAUGUAAAUGACGAGCAGGACUUUCUUGGUAGGCGUGUCAGGUUUGCAGACGAAGCUGCGUUUUCUUCCUCAGCUACCACGCUAAACUCGCUCUCAGCGUCCUCCUCGGCUCGUUCUCUGUGCUCCUUAACGUGUCCACAGGCUAGUCACUCUCCAAUAGGCUCUUUAGACCAAGUCACCGUUCUUCCUACCCGAAACUAUGAAACGUAUCUCAAACCAACACCAGCACCAGUAGCACGCCCCAAGUCACCAGUUUCACGUUUUCAGAAGCAGUUCUGUCGCAAGCUGAAGCGAGAUAACGCAAGGUUCGCAGAAGGAGGCGGUAGCAGUUUUGAACUCUCUUCAGCCGAAUCCGGUUUGCAGAUGGAUAAAAUGCAACGUUAUAGGGAGAAGUCCCCUUCAGUAGCACAGCGUCUAUGGCAUAAGAAGAAGUCAAGACAUCAUGAAACUAAAGGUACACCGAUGGUAACUGUGAACGUGAUUAAGGAUUCCUCCGAACCGCCAGAGGUGCCUUCCCAUGUGUUGAGAGAACUGCAUGUGGAAGAGGAUGAACCACGCUGGUGCAAUCUGUUUGCAAACCCGGAGGAUUGCUCAAACUUUAAUCAACGUCUGGCCAGACAGCACGUGUGUCUGGGACGUCUUUUGUCCACGCACUUAUCACAUAUUGAAGCCACUGUCCACGUGGUUGCACCAAGUCCCUUUAUGAACCUCACUCCAUUUGAGGUGAGACUGCGUUACACUCUAAACCACUGGGUCACAAACAUGGAAUCCGCGCCAUUGAAAAAAGUGUUUAUAGAAAAACGGGAACUGACUACAUCUGAAGCACAAUGGGUUGAACUGUAUCGGGGUGUGGUGGAUAUCCCAACCAACUCACUACCCGAAUCUCAAUGGCUAACAGAGUUUGGUCAGUUCGAAUUUGCGGUUGUUGCUCGUCGGGAACAAUUCGAAAUCUGGGACAAUAAUGACAGACAAAAUUACGUUUGCUUUCGUGGGCUACCGGCAGACUAGCACGUAGUUGUCCACCUCUGACCAUCUACAACUUUCAUUUUCACAAUGAAACUCACUGCUCACCCUCUCAUCCUUACCUUUCACAACACAGCACAAACGCAGUUUUCCAAAUGCGUCAAGAUUUCCCCAUUCAACCACUUAAUCGCAUUCUUGCCAACGCAUUAGUCAUUCGCCAUGACUUUCCGCACUCGGAUGCUAGCUUCCGGUGCGUCAAUAGAAUGCGCCAAUGAAUCCAGAGAUUAAUGUACAUAUAUCCAAUCCUUUUCGUGCGUCACAUGACAAGUUUCACAUCUAACUGCUCAUUAUUAACUGUACAGUAGUGCAGAAACUAAUUAUUUUCCAUUUUUCAC